AUGGAGAAGUCGAGUAGCGAAGACUCCUCCAUCCGCCGGAGCCCGUCCCUGGACAGCAAGGACUCCGACUUCGCCAAAGCCUCGCCGACGGGCAAGCGCUUCAACCGGGGUUUCACGGCCGGCGCUUUCUACGGCACGACCGGACCCCGCCGCCAAGGCCGAAGCGGCGCCGGUGGGGCUGCCGGUGGGGCGCCCGCGGGCUCCGGCUUGCCGAGGGACGAGCCCCGCAACGCCGCCGCCGCCGCCGCCACCAGCAGCAAAUACCUGGUUUUUUACCUGGAUCUAUCCUUUGUUUUCCUCCUAGAGUUUAAGAAGUGCAGCAUGGCCAGAGGCUGCUUGUGCUGCCUGAAGUACAUGAUGUUCCUUUUCAAUUUGGUCUUUUGGCUGUGCGGCUGUGGGCUCCUGGGCGUGGGAAUAUGGCUCUCGGUAUCCCAAGGAAACUUCGCCACGUUUUCUCCCACGUUCCCGUCGCUGUCGGCUGCCAACCUGGUCAUUGCCAUCGGGACCAUUGUCAUGGUGACAGCUUUUCUAGGCUGUUUGGGUGCCAUCAAAGAAAACAAGUGCCUACUUUUAAGUUUUUUUGUCGUUUUGCUGAUCAUUCUCCUGGCUGAACUGAUAUUACUCAUUUUGUUCUUCGUUUACAUGGACAAGGUGAGUGAAAGUGCAAAGCAGGACCUGAAGGAGGGCCUCAAGCUGUAUAACACGGAAAAUAAUGUUGGGCUGAAGAAUGCGUGGAAUAUCAUUCAAGCAGAGAUGCACUGCUGUGGGGUAACUGAUUAUAGAGAUUGGUACCCCGUAUUGGGUGAUAACGUUGUCCCUGACAGAUGCUGUAUGGAGAAUUCCCAAGAUUGUGGUCGGAAUUCCAACAACACGAACUUGGUGUGGAAAACGGGGUGCUACGAGAAGGUCAUGACGUGGUUUGAAGAUAACAAGCAUAUCCCGGGGGCCAUUGGGAUGUGUCUCCUCAUAAUACAGAUUCUUGGCAUGGCCUUUUCCAUGACUCUCUUCCAGCAGAUUCACAGGACCGGUAAAAAAUACGAUGCCUAAAAUACUUCUUUUUUAAAAACUUCAUCAGCCCUUAACUGUUCCCAUUACAACAGAACAACAACUGCAAAAAACGUAUAUAUAUAUAUACAUAUGUAUAUGUAUGUAUAGAUAUAUAUAUAUAUAUAUAUACAUGAAUCACUUUGACUUUGGGGCUGCCUACCCCGCUAAGUUCAUUUUUUUCCAAGACGGAUUAAACUGAACGCAAGUACUUACAAGGACCUUUUUGUAUCUUCUCGGUCAUUGUUUUGCCAAAGAAGAGGAGAACUUUCCUGAACUCAAAUCAGUUUUUCUACUCCUCCUCAAAACUCCUCGUUUCUAACCUUAUAGGCGGAAUAACAUUCUAGUGCUGGUCGGCAUUACAUCACUGAGGUAGCCGACCGAUGUGUCUAUUAACUUUUUAAAAUAAUCUUUUUUUUUUUAAAUGGCUCGUACCCAAUCCGGGUCCUGGGACUUGAACAAAGCCAUUCGGAUAAUACCCCGGUGAAUUGGAUCUGCUUGGA